AUGGCUCACCACACGCACGCUCGGUCGCCUACUCUCGGUGGACAUAACAACCAAGACCGCAAACUCGUACACGAGACCACUACAAACACCAACGGCAGUGACCAGCGCUCUGCCUCGCCAGACACAGUCGUAGGCAGCACACCCCGUACUCAAGGACGCGGCGGUGACCAGUCGGCUACGGAAGGUGCCGCGGAAGACGACGACGAAGAGGACAGUAGCACUGCCAAAGACAUCGAGCUCGACGACGAGACGGAUGCGGAUGUACCGGCCAUGCCCUAUAGCUAUCGUAGGGGAGGCAAGGGCAAGGGAAAGCGCCCUUCUAUCCGCGUCGAGCCUGCAGAUGACGACGAUUCUCACGCCGAAGACGACGUGAACGAGACAGUGCUCAUGCCCAACAAGCACCCGGUAAACCAGCUACUAAUGAGCAACAAGAAGCGCACCUUUAGCAAUCUCUCAAGCACGUCAGUGCUGUUUGGUGACGAUUCCACAGACCAAGAGUCGUUUCCCCGCCGCAAGCUGGCUAGGAAACUAAGCGCCGCCUCUAGCAUACCGCUGUUAACCUACAAAGAGGACGACGAACCCCAAGUAAGCUAUGAAAACGCUAUUGAGAGCGACGAUGAAGACUACAGCGGCGUUAAUCUCGUCCCUGACGAUGACGAGUCCGACAUGGAGAUGAUGGAGCAACAAGAAGAGAGCUACAUCCUCCAGGAAGAGCAACAAGCUACUACCCUUCUCAAUGAGUAUCGUGAUGCUCGACGACUCAGUCUUGAGAGUUGUUUGAGCGACAAUAUCUUCGAUGUCACUGUCCCAUUAGACGAUACGUUCAUGGCAAGUCUUCCCGACUAUGGGUUCACUCCCUUCUUCGAGCCAGAUGCUCUCCCUGCAUCCCCUGUUCCUAUGGCCAAGAGAAAGUUCUCAGACGGCUCAGCCAAGCGCGUCCGCUUUGACGACGACGUUCAAGUAUCAGAUAGUUCCAGUUCGGAAUCUUCAGAGCUCGACAGCAGUGUCUUCCCUGAUCUCUUCAUGGAUCAAGAUAAGAUUCCUCCCAGUUUGCAUCAACUUCUUGAGAUGGACUACGAUGAUGACAACGGAGACAUGGCUUCUCCGCAGUCCGACGCCUCGUUCUGGGACUUUGAGCAGGGCGAGUCGCGCAUCACUCAAGUCGAUAACUCGGAAGAAUCCGAUGGCGAGUCAUCUGGCGAAUCCAGUGGCUAUGAGUCUGACAUUGGUGACACCACUGACGAAGAAGACUUUGGUACCGACAUACUACCGCACACUCCUAAGCACUCUGUUCUACAGCGACCGGCCUCAGCACCUGGCUCACGCGCUGCAACACCCAAGCCGUUUCAACGAAGCUCUCGUCCGAUUGGCCGCCAAAUUCCGCCGACUCGCGGCGUCUUCAUCCACGACGAGUCUGACCAAGCCAUUGCUGUCACUAACAGGUCGACCAAGGCUGUUGCAUUCUACCGUCCACGCACGGUACUGAUUCCGUGGAUUCCUAUGACCGAUUACCAGAGUAGUACGAGCGGUACUGUCAACAACAGUCCUCGGAACUCCAUUGCUCAGCUCAACGCCUCCGACAGCGAGAAUAGCAAUGAAGUCUUCAACAACAAUAUCAAUACCGACAUCAUGCUUACUGGCAUAUUUGGGUCUGCUUCGGGCAACGACUUUGCUUUUGGAAACGAAAGCAUUGGUCCCCCGGAGGCAUUCUAUCCCUUCGUAAGCAUUUCUUCCAACGGUAACAUGGGCCUCGUUGACGAAGAUGAGGAGGGUUCUUCGAGUGAUGAAUACGAUGAGGACCUCAACCUCGCCGACUUCUUGGAGAUUGACACCGACGAUACCGAUGGAGAUGAGUUCGACGAUGAGUUCGACUUUACUGAUGUGCCGGCUACACCGGCAAGCUCUAGCAUGCCACAUCCUGGCUCCACCCCAGCGGCACCUUCCUCUGUCACGCCCAACGCACGCGCACGGGCUACAUCAGACCUUAUGCUUCAGCACUUCGACCGUGGCGUCGUUACCGCUUUCCGCAGCAACCAGAACCGUUAUCGCGAUGUUGCUUCUCUGCCAUCGGAUCCUGCGGCGCGCGCCUCCGUUUCCCGCCCAGUUCGAUCUGGCAAGUCCGCUGAGGCCCUGAUAACUCCUCUACGAAAGCGCACUCGGUCAAACAGAGUAGCCAAAUCGCCUUUGAAGAACGGCACGACUAUGAACCGCAGCUCACCCCUCUCCGGUGUCACCAAGGCUACAUCGCGGUUACAAAAGUCGGUCAUGGGCUCUCCCACCAAACCCCAUGGACCUCCUAAGAUGGGAAAAUUCUCCUGA